UUUCGGUUAUAUUCAAACACUUAUACAGUCACAAUUUUAUUCAACUUUGGAGUCAGCAAUAUCAGUAACACAUCGAACGCGUGAAGCGGACGUUGCUUAUCUAAAAACGGAAAAUAUUUAAAGAAAGUUAGAUAGUUGUUAAUUGAGCCAUAGUGAGUUUGUCAUUAGAUUGGAUUUGAGUUCGUUUAUUUUCCUCAUUUCUUUGAAAAUGUUUGCUCAAAUUUGUAAACAUUCAAGGUUAUUCAACAAAAGAUUUCUCUCGAUAAGGGCAUACAGCAGUAGACAAUAUGUGGGACCUAAUUUGGAAAAAGUGAAAGUGUUACAAAAAAAUCACGUCGCGCCAUGCCACAAACCAAUAUAUCAGGAGCCACUUUUAAUAAAUAGUGGAAAAAUGCAAUAUCUUUACGAUGCGAAUGGAAAGUGCUAUUUGGAUUGUUUUGGUGGCAUUGUAACUGUUAGCGUUGGUCACUGUCAUCCAUAUGUUGUGGAAGCUGUUGAAAAUCAGCUACGAAAAUUGUGGCAUACAACAGUAAUCUACAUGAAUCCAUCUCUGAGUUUAUAUUCGCAAAAACUUUCCAGAAAAUUUCCCGGCGACUUGAACGUAGUGUACUUGGUGAAUUCUGGGUCUGAAGCGAACGAUUUAGCUCUUCUUUUGGCACGUUUAUCCACAGGAAAUUACGAAAUGAUCUCAUUACAAAACUGUUAUCAUGGAAUGUCUUACGGAACCAUGGGUUUAACAUCAAGUUCAAAUUGGCGGUUUCCUAUUCCAUCAGUGAAUAGUGGUAUUCAUCAUGCCAAAAAUCCCGAUCCAUUUAAUGGACGCCAUGGUGGACGAUUUUGCCGAACAUCUCCGAUUCAAACAAAUCGUAACUGCGGCUGCAUCACCGGAGAAUGUAAAGCAACGGACAUUUACUUUGAGGAAUUGAAAGAUAUUUUCAAGUAUUCCAUCCCGAAAGGCAAAUGCGCUGGAAUGAUUGCAGAAUCAAUACAAGGCGUUGGCGGUACCGUACAAUUUACGAAAGGCUACAUCAAAAAAGCAUCCGAACUUGUUCGAAACAAUGGUGGCGUUUUCAUUUCGGAUGAAGUUCAAACUGGUUUCGGUAGGUUGGGCGACACUUUUUGGGGAUUUGAAUCUCAUGAGAUUGUGCCCGAUAUUGUUACGAUGGCCAAAGGAAUUGGAAACGGAUUUCCAUUGGCAGCUGUUAUAACUACACCGAAAAUUGCAGAGUGCUUAACACAAGCGAGUCAUUUUAACACUUACGGAGGAAAUCCAUUAGCUUGUGCAGCUGGUUUGGCUGUUUUGGAGGUUAUUGAAAAGGAGGGGCUUCAACAAAAUUCAAAAGAGGUUGGAACCUAUUUCUUAAAGUCGCUCGAACAAUUGAGAAGUGUGUAUGAAGUCGUCGGGGAUGUUCGCGGACAAGGCUUAAUGAUUGGUGUUGAAUUCGUUGAAUCCAAGGAAUCACGUACACCAUUAGCAAAAGAAAAAUUUCAACAAAUUUGGAAUCGAACAAAAGACUAUGGAGUAUUAUUUGGAUGUGGAGGUUUUUCUGGAAAUGUCUUACGAAUAAAACCACCGAUGUGCAUUUCAAAAGAGAAUGUUGACCAUGCAGUUGAUGCCCUAGAUAAAUCAAUCAAAGACGCUGGAUUUUAACUAAUUCAUCAAUGUUCAAAGGAUUAUGAUUCAAAACUUUAAAAUAACAAACAAUUUUUCUUUCAAUGUCCAAAAGAUAUUAUUUUGAAAUCACAAGAAAAUUCCUGCUUUCAACUUUUUUAAAAUGUGCUUUUCAUUCAUUUUAAUUAUUGUUAUAUGGUGAAUAUUUCAAAAAGUUCAAGAAAAAAAAUGCUAAUAGAACUCAGAAUUGAACUUGAAGCCAAGUGGCAGAUGGUCACAUCGAAUGU